ACCGUAUAAAUUGAAACAGUCAAAUUCCUUCGCUUCCAUUAUUUGAGUCUGUAGGAUGUGUUUUUCAGAGGCUUUUUGCUGGGCAAGGACUGCAGAAAGGCAAGCUUCUCGCAUUCGUAGAAAGUAUCUGAUGGCUGUCCUGAGGCAGGAGGUUGCAUUUUUCGACACUGCAGGCGUUGAUACGGCUGAGGUUGUCAACAGCAUCUCCAAUGAUACACUCAUCAUACAAGAUGUUUUGAGUGAAAAGGUCCCCAUUUUCAUCAUGAAUUUGACUACGUUCUUGAGCUGCUACGGUGCUGCCUUCUAUUUGCAAUGGAAGCUUGCUUUGGUGACUUUACCCUUCAUUACAUUAAUGAUAAUACCAGGAGUGCUUUACGGGCGAAAGUUGAUGGCCAUUGGUGGGAAGAUGCUUGCAGAGCAUAACAAAGCCAGCAGCAUUGCCGACCAAGCUCUUUCCGCAGUCAGAACUGUGUAUUCCUUUGUUGCUGAAGAGAAAGUUAUGGCCAAGUUCUCAUCUGCCCUAGAAGGAACUGUAAAGCUUGGGAUUAAACAGGGCCUGGCAAAAGGCCUGACUAUGGGUGCCAUUGGUGUCAAUUUCGCUAUAUGGGGUUUCAUUACAUGGUAUGGAAGCACACUUGUCCUGCACCAUGGAGUUUCACCAGGAAAGAUUCUUGGAACGGGAUAUGCUCUCAUCCUAGGUGCCCUGGCUUUGGGGACAGCAUUGCCAAACAUCAAGUACUUUUCUGAAGCAUCCACCGCGGCAUUUCAAAUAUUUGAAAUGAUUCACAGAGUUCCAGAGAUCAAUUGGGAGGAUACAAAUGGAAAAGUAUUGGAAAAAGUCUCAGGAGAAAUCGAAUUAAGAGGUGUGGAGUUCAUAUAUCCUUCCCGGCCAGACACCGUAAUUUUGAGCAAUUUCAAUCUCAUAAUUCCAGCAGGGAAAACCGUGGCUCUAGUUGGUGGCAGUGGUUCAGGAAAAUCUACGGUCAUUUCGUUAAUAGAACGCUUCUAUGAUCCCCUCAAAGGAGAAAUUCUUCUGGAUGGAGAGAACAUUCAAAACCUUCAGCUCAAAUGGUUGAGAACCCAAAUUGGGCUCGUUAGUCAAGAGCCUGCACUUUUUGCUACCUCUAUCUAUGAAAACCUCCUGUUUGGUAAAGAGGACGCCACCAUGGAUGAUGUUGUGAAUGCAGCGAAAGACUCGAAUGCUCACGACUUCAUCAGCCAACUUCCAGAUGGUUAUCAUACUCAAGUGGGUGAGCGGGGGGUGCAGAUGUCCGGGGGCCAAAAGCAACGAAUAGCAAUAGCAAGAGCAAUUCUGAAACGUCCUCAAAUCCUACUCUUAGAUGAGGCCACAAGUGCAUUAGAUACAGAAUCAGAAAAAAUAGUUCAGGAGGCCCUUGACAAGGCUUCCAUGGACCGCACAACAGUGGUUGUAGCACAUCGUCUCUCCACCAUACGCAAUGCAGAUAAAAUAGCAGUGGUUCAAAACGGUGCAGUGAUUGAAGCUGGCAAACACGAAGAACUCAUUCAUAAGCCUAAUGGAGCUUACGCAGCUCUGGUGCAAUUGCAGCAAGUGAACCCAAACCAUGGGCAAAUGCAAAGAAGUGAUUCUGUGAGUAUUUCUGCAGCUAGUAUUUUAUUAUCUAGCAGAAGCAGACAGAGCUCCUGGAAAGGAUCAUACCGAAGUAGAUCAAGGCGUACAGUUCCAGAGCAAGAAAACAAGGACGAAGAAGAAAACAAUCAGAUGAAAAACGAGGAGAUGAAAGCUCCUCCUCCUUCGUUCAGGAGACUGUUGGCGCUGAAUGCUCCAGAAUGGAAGCAGGCUCUUAUGGGCUGUGCAGGGGCCAUUGGUAACGGAGCUUUGCAGCCUGCCUAUGCUUUUACAUUGGGCUCCAUUAUAAGCGUCCUGUUCUUAAAAGACGAAGACGAGAUGAAGCGAAAGGUGAAGAUUUAUUGCGCCAUUUUUGUGUGUUUAUCUCUCUGGUCUUGUGUGGUGAGCUUUCUUCAGCAUUAUAACUUUGCCGCCAUGGGGGAGUUGCUGACCAGAAGGAUUCGGCUCAUGAUGUUGGGUAAACUUUUAACUUUUGAAAUUGGAUGGUUUGACCUGGACGAGAAUUCAAGCGGAGCCCUGUGUUCGAUGCUAGGAAAGGAAGCUAAUGUGGUGAGGUCUCUGGUGGCCGAUCGAGUAUCUCUGUUAACUGAAGCUCUGUCUGGAGUGGGCGUUGCCUGCAUACUUGGCCUUGUCAUAGCAUGGCGUCUCGCUAUUGUAAUAAUUGCAUUACAACCUCUCAUAAUAACAUGCUACUAUACGAGAAAAGUUCUUCUCCGGAACAUUGCCAAAAAGUCGGUCGAAUACCAAGAGGAAGGCUGCCUGGUAGCUGCAGAAUCAGUGGUAAACCACAGAACCAUAACUGCUCUCUGUUCACAGGACAGAAUUCUCCGCUUAUUUGAUUCUAAACAGGAAGUUCCUCACAGAGAAAUCAGUAAGGAUUCGUGGUAUGCAGGAUUGGGCCUGGCAGCCUCUCAGGCUCUUACCAUAUUGAAUUGGGCAAUGGAUCUCUGGUACGGAGGAAAGUUGGUUAGCCAAGGAAUCAUUACAAAAGUGGAUCUGUUCAGAACCAUUUUAAUUUUGAUAAGAGCGGGUAGAAUAAUAGCAGAUGCAGGGAGUAUGACUUCAGAUCUUGCCAGGGGAGCUGAUACCGUGGAGUCCCUGUUUGAAAUUCUUGACAAAAACACACUUAUAUGUCCAGAUGAUCCAGAGGGCAUUAAAACUCAAAAACUGGAAGGUAAUGUGGACUUGGAAAACGUCGAUUUCGCUUAUCCAGCUCGUCCCAAUAUCAUUAUUUUCCAGAAUUUUUUCCUGAACAUUAAGGCCGGAAGUAGCAUGGCUCUGGUAGGACAGAGUGGGUGUGGAAAGUCUACUAUCAUUGGAUUGAUCGAGAGGUUCUAUGAUCCACUAAAAGGAAGGGUGAAAUUAGAUGGAAAGGACAUCAGGAGUUACAAUCUGAGAUCUCUAAGACAACAUAUAGCUUUGGUUGGGCAGGAGCCUACAUUAUUUGCUGGGAGUAUUCGUGAGAACAUUGCAUAUGGUAAAGAUGAUGCAACUGAAGCAGAGGUGAUCGAAGCUGCCAAGGCUGCAAAUGCCCACGAAUUCAUCUCAUGUUUACAGGAUGGAUAUGAUACAAACACAGGGGAGAGAGGUGUGCAAUUGUCAGGAGGGCAGAAGCAGAGAAUUGCCAUAGCCAGGGCGAUCAUCAAGAAUCCAAGCAUCCUGCUUUUAGAUGAGGCCACCAGUGCACUGGAUGCCCAGUCUGAGAAGGUGGUUCAAGAGGCCCUAGACGGAGUCAUGGUGGGAAGAACAAGUGUCAUUGUAGCCCAUAGGUUGACUACCAUCCAGAAUUCUGAUUGCAUAGCAGUAAUUGAGAAGGGAAGAAUUGUGGAGCAAGGAAGUCAUUCUCGGUUGCUAAGCAAAGGCGAAGGAGGUGCUUAUUUUUCUCUUGUGAAGAUUCAACAGCAAAAUCACUCUCCCUUGCUCUGAAUCCCCUCACUGUAGAAUUCUAUUUUUGUUUUGUUUUGUUUUUUAUUUAUAGACUGUAUAAUUCUAUUUUGGAUGGCAAGAAAGAAAGUAAUAAUAAAAUUAGAUGAAUGUGUUCAUCUAUGUUGU